AUGUUGUCUCCACAUCAGAAAACAAACGGCGCACAGAAUACAGAGGCGAAAACUGUGAUUUUACUUGUAAAGAACGCGUCAAAUUUUUCAAAAGUAGAUCACUAUAAAUGGCUUCUUAUACGCUUAUAUCAACCUCUACUUCUAGAAAGUGACGAUAACUUUCAAGUGCUUCAUAUAUCGGAUACGCGUUUAACGGCUUUAAUACAAAGUCAAAAUGAGAAGGAAGCAAGCGAGAUAUAUACGCCGCAAAAUUUACCGGAUCUUCAGCAUUCAACGGAUAAACAAUACAGACUCAUGCCCCAUUCUCGUAUAAUCACUUUAAGUACAAAAUAUCGAUUCGUAUUCCUUUUGGAUGUAACCUCCUCUUUAGCUACCAUCGAUUGUAGCGGUGCUAAAAAUACAAUAAUGUCUAAAGUGAUGCAAAUUACUCAUCGUUGUCUUGAAGGCCUAGUACAGCCUUUCAUAAUUCAGGAUUUGGAUAAGGAUCGAGCCUUACAGUUUGAACCCGAAAUAUCAGUUACCAUUAUUGCUGAAUGCUCCAAUUUUGCAUCAAACGCAAAUCUUAUUCCUAUGUUGGCUGAAUUUCCUACGAUGAGGGUUCUUAUACAAGGAGUUGUAGUUAAUCGAAAUAAUAUCUUCGAUAUACUUGAUAAUUUACACUCAGAGUUUAUUCGCUUUCAACAUGAAGUUGCCGAGUUUCGACAAAAACUUCGUAGGAACAAAUUUCCUGUUGCCUACGUUAUGGAUGUUACUGGUCCCAAAACCGAUUUGCUUGAGCAUGAACUAGGUUCUAAUACGUCAUAUCUAGAUGAGAAAAAUUUAUGGCGGUUGGGGUCGAGUGGGGGUAAUCUUGCUUACAGUCUAAAUGCUGGUUUAUUAGCUAUAAAUUUAUUGCCAAAAGAAGGAUCCCCCGCGCUGAUGGUGAUUACGGAUGGUGUUGUUAAAUCAAAUCUAGCCCAGAUGUCACCUGACGAUGAUAUCAUUCAAGUGCUUUGUAAGGAAAGUAUUAAAUGCAAUAUUAUUCAAGUAGGACCGCUUGAGGGAGGUAAUCCUGGAUGUAAUUUCGGGUUUCUUCCUGAUAAUGAAAUAUUAAAAUUUGUUGCCACAGCAACAUCAGGCAAAUUUCUUUAUUCCGAGGAUUGUCCAAAUGUGCGGAAUGUUAAAUCCUCCAAAUUUCAUUUAUCACGUGAAGACUUGGUCCCACCAAAUUUUUAUCAUAUAAACUUGUUGAUGAAGGAAACCUAUUUUACCAAAAGGAAGGGUCAUACCUCCUAUUCAAACAACACCGUUAACUCUGGGGAACGGACUUAUAAUUUUCCAUGGGAUCCAGAUCCAAGAAGUCUACCACCAGCAGUUGAAGCAAUGUCAACGCGAUAUCGAGAGUACUCUCUUUCAAUUGAUGUGAUGCAACUGAUAUUUGCUCGGAUACGUAAUGGGUUUAAUAUUGAGAGUGUAAUCUUAGUAGGUAGAAACACCAACAAGGCAGAAAAGGUUCAUAUCACAAUGUCACGUCUUUGGUUACCAAACGUUAUAAUUCAAUAUAAAAUUAAAGCAUCCUGGAUGGGGGAAGUGAACGGAUUUUCAAGAUUAAAAUCACCAAGGAUUGAGAUUAACGUUGUAGCUGAUACUGUAUUAGCAAUAUAUUUACUUAACUUUCAAACAGCUCAGCAAAAUAAUGAUCCAAGCCAUCCACUCUUUUUAAAAUGUAUUAGAUUACAUAAAUUUAUGACAAUGAUCUACGAAACGGAUGAGUUACUAAAGAAACAUAUUUUCCAUAAGCAAUUAUGGGAUCCACUUGAACAAAGUUUAAUGCGACAAAAUAUUAAUAUUUGGUAUGAUAAGGCCAAAUUCGAUAUUUUGAUAUCUGGAGAGCAAUCAACUACUAAUAAAUCUGUGAAAAUGCCAUCGGAUAAUAGUGCUUACUCGGCUUUAAUAGAACGACUGAAAGUUGCAUGGUCAUCAUUUUCAUUUUCUGAAAAAGGGUUCGUUAAGGCUUUUCACCCCCUAGAAGGUGAUAAGAUUCUUCCAAUAAGUUUUUGCGAACUCAGAUUUAACAAAGAAUUAGGUAGUCUCGUUACCGGUAAUUUAUCAUUUUUUAACGUUGAGGUAUUUCAACGUCAAAAAGCGUUGGAAGAUUUAAUUAACCUUAUUAAUGAGUUAAAUUCAAACGAAGAUGGAGAUGGACAAUUAUUUUACGUUUGUAAGAGACCCUUAUCUUCAUUUCUUAUUAAGUACCCAGAAAAUGGACGUCAUGAAAGUGAAAUUUUAUUAGAUAAUCGUCAGGUGACAGGUCGAGACUGCAUUGUAAAAUCUUACCUAAGACAUUGGCGGUGGACUUGGUUGUCCGAUAUUGAACAUAUCUUCUCAUUGGAUAGUAAGAACAUGCCAAUCCAAGACUUGGCUUUUCAACAUCUGUGUCAGGCACGUCUGGAUGAAGGAUGUUUAUUGAUAUCCGAAAAUAGUAAUCAACAAGUAUUUUAUCGGGAACUGGAACUUGGAGGAAAUUCCGACCUAGGUUCAUCUGCUAAUCUAAAUAAAUUAUACGGCAUACAACAUCAUAUAUAUAAGGAUCCAUAUACCGGUGAAAUUUUAACCGAACUAUGGAUGGAACCUUUGCAGCAACCGUUCCUACGGGAACUUUACGAAUCUGUUGCUGACAGAAUAUCAACAGCGGAUCGUCAAAAGUUAUCUCAAUUGGUGACUUUCGAUCAAAUACAUUAUAUUGCAAAAUCACGCGUUUCAUAUCUUCGGAAUUCAUACAAUUUGACCCCUCAAAAAUCGUCCCACCUCCCAAGUUUAUUCAACCUUCCCGUCCUACUAAGAUCCAGCGGAUUACUAAUUGCAAAUUAUGACAUUCCUACUUUCAAAUCUUCAUCAAACAUCAUUAAUAAUCAGGUUCAUCAACACUUACAUUUACAAUCUGUUAAAUCAUCCUAUAUGAGCAAUGAAAAUACUCCGAGAUCGAGCUUUGGAGAUUCAAGGUCUCCAUUGAUUUCCGAAUCAAGCCCUUAUCUAAGAAAGGGUAGCAUAAGUAAUAGAAAUUCUCCAUACAUGGAGGUUGCAUCACAAAAGAAAUUGUCACUUUCGUUGCCCAAUAAUUCAACCCAUGAUGUAACUUAUAUUAUUAGUCGCGAUUCUAUUGCUCCUUUAGGUCCUUUGGAUCGAGAUUUCGCGUUAUUACAUCUUUUUGUUGAAAAAACCUUUAGUAACUAUGCUGAUGGUGAAGUUGAUACUAAUAACAACGGUCUUAAAGAUUCGUUAUUAAAGGAAAUUAAUAAUGGGCUUUCCAAAAUUGAUUUUCUUCAGGAGGCUACGUCUACAAUAGAAUAUAUUAGGAACCUACGAGAUACCAGAUGUUUCAUCAAAAUCGUUGAUUCUGGUUCCUUACUACUUGUAAUUAUUCCUUCUUUUAAACUUUUAUUAGACACCAUGAAACAAAAUAAUGGGUUGAUUAGUAGUAAUAAACCGUGUUUCAUGAAUAUCUUAAUUUUCUUGUGUAAACGACCUCAACCUAUUCAAAGAGAUUUUAUAAAAGAGCCGGUGGAUUUUCGUCGAGAUCAAACUCUAUCCUUUGAAACCAUCUCUUUAUUACAUAAGACCUCGGAUACAAUUAAAAAUCCUUUAGAGCCAAAGCUACUGAGUAGUUCAUUUCCCGAAAAUCCUGUAAAUUCUUUUAAAUCGAAUCUUUCAGAUCAAGUUGCUCAAGUCACUUUAAACAUUACAAAAUUAUAUGUACACGGAUUUGUUAAAUCUGUAUACGCAAGUAUUUUACAAAAGCAUAGAGUUACAGAAACCGAUUUUCUUAAAGCGAUUGAUGCUUGCAUGGAGACUUCCGUUGAUAUAGAUAUCACAGGAUAUGUCAAUGUACACGUAAAGGCUGCUCGGCAAGGACUAGAUAGCGAUGAUGCCAAUGACGUGUAUCAAAAAUUCGUUGCUGUGCUUGGUCAUUACUUUGAACCGGCUAAUUUCAUUAAUGAUGAAUUGCAAAACAUAUAUUAUUAUCGUCCAAAUUUCAAAAAACCAAAUAAUUCAUCAAAAGAUAUUCACGAUAAUGUGGCCGAUAUCGCUGGAACUUUUCUAGACGUUUUUAAUUAUGCAGAAAAUCCUUUAUUUUUACGACUUGAAUGUACUUUCAAAAAAGCAUCAACUCUUAAGGUUGAGGGUAUUGAAUCAGAAGGAUCCAGUUCUGUGAAAUUUCCCAUUUCAAGUUUACCAACAAGUUAUUUGUGUACAGUGGAUGGCAAAUUUCAUGACUUUUCUCCAAAAUCAAUCGGAACGGAAACAUCUCCUGUUAAAUCUUCUGAUGGUACUACCGCUAUUUUGCAUCUGAUAUGUCUGACUUUAGCCCGAGUCGAUGAGAUGACUCCAGGGUUCCAUGUGGGUGAUAAUGAGACAAGUGCACUUGAAAAUCUACCGCAAUUGGAUUCACUUACUGCCGAUAAAAAAGAAGCUUUGUCAGAAACUCGAGAUCGAAUCGAUUGGUUAUUGAAAGAAGAAAUGAUGCAUGGACUGUUGAGAUCACAACCUGUAGAAAAAUCGGUCCUUUCAUUCAUUCAAAAACAAUUGAUGCCCAAGAAUCCAUUCGUCGACUUUCCGACUACAUUUAGUGUUCCGUUAUCCUUUGUUCGUCGUAAACAAGGACAGGACCGAUUCUUAAAAGAAUUUAGCAAAGCUGAUAUGUCCCCAUUUUCACUAAAUCAGGUUGAAGAUUGCUUUUAUAUAAGUGAAGAUGAAGAGAAGGGUGAAUCCUUGGCUGUUGUAGACAAUAGCUGCGUUACAUCACCCAUAUUUGAGCUAAAUAAUAUUUUUGAGAGCUCAUCUAUAGAAGCAUUUAACAAUCAGGAGGAAGCGUAUGAUGAUUAUACUGACGAUGGUGGUGAAGGUGACCUUUGUCAAGGUCUCGGAAUUAGCAUUUAUUCCCCGGAGGAAAAUGAUUUCGUACCGGAUCCUGCUGAUCAAACCGUUAAAUCAUCUGUCAAGAAAAAUGUUAUACACAAGCAAUUAUUUUGGUUAUUACUCAUUCCACAGGAAAAUUCUAUACAAAUGUAUUUUUAUUCAAAAGCGGUUUCAGCAAUUGAACGUUCCAAUAUCAUCAAACAUGUACGAAAUUGUAUAAUACAAAUUUCAGAAAGGAUUAAUAGAUUAAUAUUAUUGGAUGAAUUAAAUGAGACACGUCGUUGCAGCAAAUAUUUGGUUCCACCUGAUGGCUCUUCUGAUUCCGAGUCAUCUUCAGAAGAUAGUGAUUUAUCUUCUGGAGACUUGGUGGAUGUACUAUCAAUGGCACCAAAUGAUGGAAACAUAACGGUUUCAAAAAAGUUCAAACCAGGACAGUUUGAGUGUCAAUCAGUCUAUAAACAAACAUUUCCGCUUCAUUGGCGGUUAAGACCGAACCAAGCGCUUAAUGGUAUCGCAUCCUCGAUCCUCGAUCCAUUCGUAGUUUCUAACAGGAAACAUAUGUUUGUAAUAGCCAAGAAUCAUAAUAUCGUUUAUCUCAAAUUAUCAGAAGUAGAAGCGUCUCCGGUAUAUAUUGAUGAUGAAAGUUUAGAUGAUUCUUCACGUCAGAACUCCUCAUUUACAUUGUCUUCGGAAUUACAAUCGAAUGCCGAUGAAUUACGAAAAUCCCCAUCAAGCAAAAGUGGUGGGAGUCCUAAUACUUCCCCAAAUUCUCGUAAACAUGGAACUCAAACUCGAGUGGCAGAUUCACGAGAAUUAGUUGUAGAGGUUUUUGGUUUAGAUGUUCCAGGCAAAGAAAUUACCGAAGAGCUAAUGGCAUUGUUGGAGAACAAAUUGAAUUCAAGUAUAACUCUUACUGUGAUGUCUACUUUCCUUGCUCGUAACCCGUACAAGGUUAAUCCGACUCGUGCAGAUGUGAACUUUAUUUUUCCUAUUCGGGAAACCCCUCGUCGCCUAUCUUUAAAGAUCCCGUCGUAUAUAAGGAAUACUUAUGCUUUCUUAGUGUACUUUAAGCAAAAUAUUUCCUUAUACCUUAACAUUUUGCAAGGACUAGAAGUCUCGAACGCGAUAUGGCGUCACCAUAUUUCAAAAUAUGGAUCAGUUGAAUUCCCGGAAUCGAUCUCUGAAAGUGGGAGGAAAACGCCAUCCGCAACACACGAUAUCCAUUUUCAUGAAUUUACGUUCUUCUAUAAUUACAUUAGCCAAUCCCGCACUCCCUCUGCUUUUGAAGCAUCAGUCGGUCAAGGGAUUGCCGGACUGUGCUUCACUUUAUUGAAUCGGCAAGGUCGACCUACUUUUGAACUUUUAGUCCCUGAAAUUGUUGAUUCAGAUGAUAUAAAUUCGAAUAAGAUUUUACAAUAUAUAUCUAAUGAUGAAGGGUUUGUAGUUUCUGAUUCAAAUAAGGAUUCGAAUGAUAAUAAUAUAGACGCUUCAUAUCAAAUAUUAAUUGAGUUAUGGAACCAUGGUACCCUUAAUUAUAGCAUAAUACUUGAUAGAAUCAUAAAAAGUUUUCGACAAUGCCUUUGUGACUAUUUCAUCGAAGUAUCCAUAACUAAAGGGUUGGGACGGGUUUCUUUAGAUUGUGUUGAAAGCAACAAUAUUCAAGUGGCUCAAAACUUUGAUCGAGAUGACACCAUUAGUUCAGAAAGUAUGAUCGAAUGUGUCGAACCACACGUUCAACAUAAUUUUAUUGAACCAGUUUUGGCACUUUUGAAGAAAGCAAUUGAAUUAGAAAAUCCGGCAUUGCAUGCAUUGCACGCGAGGCUUGACAUGCCUUCUUGGAUGAUGGAUGAUUUCUUAAGUGAAGUCCAUGAGCUUCUGGUAGAAUUAAACGUCAUCUUUACUCCGAUAAUACUUCGAACUAUUCCUGCAUCAUUUUCCCCAAUGUAUGAAAUAUAUCGACCAAAACAUUCUAUUUUUACUCCGGAUGAUUCGAUAUCUAUUCCACAUCAAUACUUAUUGAUCGCCGGACUGAAGGAGAUGAAUACAAAAUACGGUUCAUGUAAAUCUAUAUUACCUGACGAUCGUAGAGGUAGUUUUGGGAGUGAUGUGUCACAUUCUCGGAGGAGUUCGACCGAAGAUAUCUCAAACGAAAAAGCUAACUCAAAUUCACGUAAAAGUUCUUUGAUGUCGGUGGCCGCACAGCAGCGUCAUUUACUCGAAGAUAUAAUGAUGUAUACGAUCUCGAAUGGUGAUCAGACCAAUCGCAAUACGCCAGAUUUAUUUCGUUCGUGCUUUUUGGUAAUGUCUAUUGAUGGUUUUGAUUUAUCUGUAUAUAUUUAUAAUUGGGUAAAGCAACAUGCCGAUCAAGUAUUUACCGCCAUGAAAAGGAUUUCCGAUUGGCAUAAUAAACGGAUAGGACUAUUAAAUAACAUUCUUCACCAAAAGAUGGGUUUAUUUUAUCAUUCGAGCAAUAUAUCCUUAAAGUUACAUCCUCAGACCCCAUUUUCACAGAGCUUGCCUAACACUCCUCGACUCCUGCAAUCUCCGAUGCUAGGGAACGGUCAACGUUCAAAUGCUGCAAUAUCAUCAAACGGACAAAGUAUGGCAACAGAUUUGAUGCACAUAAAUUCUCUGAUACUUGAACGAUUUCCACAGCAGGACAUUAAAAAGAGUUUAGAGUCGUGCAAUGAAGUGUUCAAUUCAUAUUCAACCGAUUUGGAAGCAAAUCGAUUCUCAUUAACCUCUUUAGAUUUGAACGAUGUGCUAAAGGAUUCUUGUGUUGAAAAGGUGGCUAGAGGUGAUAUUUCUUGUGUGAGUCGUGAUGCCCUCAUGAGACAUGGUUCUCCAUUUAUGGAAACAUGUAUAAGACAAGCCAAGAUAACUCAAGCUCAUGAUAAUGCAGAGAAAGUUUACAAGAAAUGGGCAAAGAGGUAUCAAGAAAACAAAGAUCAUUCAGACACGAACGAGGUAAUAGCAAAAUCGGAUCUAGCGAUAAUAUUCCGUACCUCUCGACUUUUACAUUUCUGUAGAACGCCGUUGUUAUUUGGAGAAAAGGUUGAAUCUUCGGUAACUUUACCUGAACAACAGGAUAAAGUUAUGAUAUUCAAGUGGUAUGAGGAUAUGGUUGAAAACUUUUUGCAAAAAUAUUCGACUUAUUUGGAAAGGAUCGGGAUGCAAGUAGUCAUGGGCGGAAAGUCCGGUCUGAGCUUGGUAGACGAUGGUGACAAAGCGUUCUCGAAUUAUACGUCUAAAUUUCCUGCGUCGGAUAAUGUUCUUGCUGAUUAUUCCUCGGUGUUUUUAUUGAAAGCACUUCAGGGUGGCUCCAUAAUGUGUGAGAUUCGAAUUCAAGGAGUUUUCGUAUGCGUGACUUUGUAUACGUUAAAUCGACGAUAUGGUCAUAGACGUUUGGCAGCUCCCGAAUUUGUAGCCGCCGAUACUGAUAGACAAAGCAUAAGAGUAUUUACCGAAGAAUGUGGCAAAUUCAAGAAAACGAUUCACGUUAAUUCUUUUGUUUACGAUUUCCAUUUACAAUACAUCAACCAUGUCUUGGAAGGUCAACUACGACGCCCACCUCCUUUUAAUGUAAUAGAAGUGCUUAGAGCUUUCAUUCGUCGACAUUCUCGGCCUGCGCACUAUGCAGUUCAUCGUAUUUACCACGGUAUUGUUAGCAAAGAGUUACCAUCCAUACCGAUUGAUUUAUUUGAAUACAUUGUAAAAAAUCCCCAAAGGUAUGGAUUUUGUCCGAUCUCGUACGAAGGUAAACCAAUCGCUUGUUUUGCCACUUUAAGUGAAGCGAAUGAAACUUUCUCCUCGACCGAGACCGAUUCCGAGCAGCCGAAUAAAAUAUCAUGUGAUAACGAAGCAUCCUAUAGUACAAUAAUCUUCACUGAAGAAAAUCAAUCUGAUAAGAAUGUCGCUAGGAAUAUCUCUUUGGAAUAUUUUGUCGUUGUUUUACAUAAUGAUGUUAAUGAAACGUCAAUUGAAGCUGAAAAUACUGUAGGUUCUUCCGAAUCACAUAAUCAUAACCGUCAACCUACAGAUCUAGACAUUCAAGAUGAAAUAAAAAGCCUUACCCGAAAGAAGCUUGAUUCUAUAAUUUCGCAGGCGAUUCAAUAUCAUCGACGUGAUUCAUUAUGGCGUGAGUUGCAUAAUGUCAAGACAAAUAACAAUGUUGUUGGUAAUAGUUCGAACGAUGGCGCAAUAACCAUUCAAGAUUUUCUUGAGCUGACAAAUCAGUGGUAUAGUCGUGAACUUGUCACGAUCUAUCCAGAAUUUAAAGAUUUCCUUGAUAUGAAUUUAAAUUGGACUGAAUUGUUAAAUUUUCUAUCACAUUAUUAUCAUGAAUUAUCGAGAGAAUUGUAUGAUGAAGGAAACCAUAAUCGUCAUUUAAUCAUUUUUAAUACCCAUAUUCACGAUUCACUUUUACAUUUUAUUUUACCUUAUUAUAAACAAGAUGACAAUGAAAGUACUAAUAAUAAUAAUGGUGGUGAUGGCAAACUUGUGGUGAAUGCGGUCUGUCGUGAUGUAAGAAGUAGUUUUGGAAUUGAAUUACAAUUUGCGGCCGAAAUUGCUAGAACAAUUGGAUAUUGGUUAUGGCAAAAGUUGUCUUAA